ACCUACAACUGGCCACACCCGACCCCGGACCUUCUCCGAGGGUCCUUCAUGAUGGUCAAUUCCUCACAGCACUUCGGGGGUCAGCGGGCACAACUGCUUCUGCUCCCGCUCAGCGAGAAUGACACCCACUGCAUCCAGUUCAGCUACUUCCUGUACAGCCGCGACGGUCACAGCCCUGGGGACCUGCAGGUUUACAUCCGGGUCAACGGGGGCCCCAAGGGCAGUGCUGUGUGGAACAUCUCAGGUUCCCAGGGACGCCAGUGGCACCAGGUGGAGCUUGCCGUCAGCACUUUCUGGCCCAGUGAAUAUCAGGUCAUCUUUGAAGCGACCGUGUCCGAGGAGCGACAGGGCUACGUUGCCUUGGACGACAUUGUGCUGCUCAAUUACCCCUGUUACAAGGUGCCUCAUUUCUCUCGGCUGGGUGACGUGGAGGUGAACGCCGGCCAGAACGCUUCGUUCCAGUGUGUCGCCACAGGCAAAGUUUAUGAGACGGAGCCUUUCCUCCUUGAGAGGAGAAGCGGCAUGGUGCUCGAUACGGCCUUGUUGUCUCGACUGAGCCACAAGCGGCUCAUGGCCACGUUCCAUGUGGAGGCACAGCGUGGAGAGCAGGACCUUUACCGCUGCAUCACCUUGUCCCCCAGAGGUGCUUCUGUCUCCAACUUUGGAGAACUCAUUGUCAGAGUGCCCCCGACACCGAUUGCCCCCCCUCAGCUCCUGCGGGCAGGGCCUACGUAUCUCAUCAUCCAGCUCAACACUAACUCCAUCGUGGGGGACGGACCAGUCAUUCGGCGAGAGAUCCAGUACAGAGCCAGCCACUCCACUCUGAUGGAGACUCACGGCGUGGGAUCACUCACCUAUAAGAUUUGGCAUUUGGAGCCAGACACGGAGUACCACAUUAGUGUCUUGCUCACCCGGCCUGGGGAGGGAGGCACCGGAGCACCAGGGCCCCCUCUCAUCAGCAGGACCAAAUGUGCAGAGCCCAUGCGUGCCCUGCGAGGUCUGACAGCGACAGAGAUCCAGCCGAGGCUGCUGGCCCUGCAGUGGGAGCCUCUGGGCUACAACCUCACACGGUGUCACACCUACUCCCUGUCCCUGUGCUACCGCUACUCCAUGCCAACAGGGGGCAGCGGAGGGAACAACGCCACGGUCAGAGAGUGCCUGUCAGUGGAGGGUAACACGUCCCACUUCACGCUGCGGGAUCUGCCGCCCUUCCGCUCCGUCCACGUCCGGCUGGCGCUGGCCAACCCAGAGGGAAAGAAGGAGAGCAAAGAGGUCACGUUCCAGACUGAGGAAGACAUUCCUGGAGGCAUCGCUCCAGAGUCGUUGACCUUCACCCCGCUUGAUGACAUGAUAUUCCUGAAGUGGGAGGAGCCUGUGGAGCCAAAUGGUCUCAUCACACAGUAUGAGAUCAGCUACCAGAGUAUUGAGUCAUCAGACCCAGGUAUCAACGUGCCAGGUCCUCGCCGUACGGUGUCCAAACUGAGGAACGAGACGUACCACAUGUUCUCUGGCCUGCAUCCUGGAACCACCUACCUGGUGUCAGUCCGUGCCCGAACCGCCAAGGGGUUUGGUCAGACAGCACUCACUGAGAUCACCACCAACAUCUCUGCCCCAGUGUUUGACUAUGAAGACAUCCCCUCGCCGCUGAGUGAAUCAGAGAACACGAUCACUGUGCUGCUGCGUCCUGCGCUGGGAAGAGGGGCUCCUGUCAGUGCCUACCAGGUGGUGGUGGUGGAGGAGGACGGCUCCCGUCAGCUGAGGAAGAGGGAGCUCGGCUCCUCUGACUGCUUCCCGACACCAAACUCCCACAACGAGGCCCAGGCCAAGGGAGCUCCACAUUAUUACACGGCAGAGUUGGCUCCCAGCAGUUUGCCCGAGGCCACGCCCUUCACCGUGGGCGACAACCACACCUACAACGGCUACUGGAACAGCCCUUUAGACCCCACCAAGAACUACCUCAUCUACUUUCAGGCCACCAGCAACUUCAGAGGGGAAACAAGAAUCAACUGCAUUCGGAUCGCUCGCAAAGCUGCUUGUAAGGACUUGAAGCGGGCUCUGGAGGUGUCCCAGCACGCAGAGGACAUGGGUCUGAUCCUCGGGGCCUGUGCCGGCGGUCUGGUGGUCCUCAUUCUGCUUCUGGGGGCCAUCGUCAUCAUUGUCAAGAAGGGUAGGAAGAAGGUGGCCAUAAACAAGGCAGCCAUGUCCUACAGGCAGGAGAAGAGUCGCAAACUGAGCUCUCUGGACUGCAGCAUGACGGAGCAGAGCACUCUCCAGCAGGACGAGAGGAUGGCCCACUCCUUCAUGGAUCCCCACAGCUGCAACACUCGAAAUGAACAGCGCAGCUCCAUCAACGAGUCCAGCAGCUUACUGGGAGGCUCGCCUCACCGUCACUGUCGGAGGAAGAGCUCGCCGUACCACACGGGUCAGCUGCACCCCGCUGUGAGGGUGGCUGACCUCCUGCAGCACAUCAACCAGAUGAAGACAGCAGAGGGCUACGGUUUCAAACAAGAAUAUGAGAGUUUCUUUGAUGGCUGGGACGUCACAAAAAAGAAGGACAAGACCAAAGGGAGGAACGACAGCUUGCUGAGCCAUGACCGCCACCGGGUCAAAAUGCACUCUCUGCUCGCAGACCCCAGUUCUGAUUAUGUCAACGCCAACUACAUCGACAUUCGGAUAAACAGGGAAGGUUACCAGAGAUCAAACCACUUCAUCGCCACUCAAGGCCCCAAGCAGGAGAUGAUCUAUGACUUCUGGCGGAUGAUUUGGCAGGAGAACUGCUUCAGUAUUGUCAUGAUCACCAAGCUGGUGGAGGUGGGCAGGAUAAAGUGUUGCAAGUAUUGGCCGGAUGACACCGAGCUCUAUGGCGACAUUAAGAUAACGCUACUGAAGACGGAGACGCUGGCCGAGUACACGGUGCGAACCUUUGCCAUGGAGAGGAGGGGCUACCCUGCCAAGCAUGAGGUGUGCCAGUUCCACUUCACCUCCUGGCCUGAGCACGGCGUACCCUACCACGCAACUGGCCUGCUGGCUUUCCUGCGCCGCGUCAAAGCCUCCACACCUCCCGAUGGUGGACCUGUGGUGGUCCACUGCAGUAUGGGAGCAGGCAGGACUGGCUGCUACAUUGUGCUGGAUGUCAUGCUGGAUAUGGCUGAGUGUGAAGGAGUGGUGGACAUCUACAACUGCGUCAAGACCCUCUGCUCGCGGCGCAUCAACAUGAUCCAGACUGAAGAGCAGUACGUGUUCAUCCAUGAUGCCAUCCUGGAGGCUUGUCUGUGUGGAGAGACCGCCAUCCCUGUGAAUGAGUUUGCUCUCAUCUAUAAGGAGAUGCUGAAGGUUGACUCUCAGAGCAACACCUCGCAGCUCAGAGAGGAGUUUCAGACUCUGAACUCUGUGACUCCUCACCUGGACGUGGAGGAGUGCAGUGUUUCCCUGAUGCCCAGGAACCGCGAGAAAAACCGCAGCAUGGACGUCCUGCCGCCGGACCGCUCGCUGGCCUUCCUCAUCAGCACUGAGGGAGAAAGUGGCAAUUACAUCAACGCCGCACUCGCCGACAGCUUCCUCACGCCCGCUGCCUUCGUGGUGACACCGCACCCGCUGCCCGGUACCACAACAGACUUCUGGAGGCUUAUUUACGACUACAGCUGCACCUCGGUGGUGAUGCUCAACCAGCUCAACCAGUCCAACUCUGCCUGGCCAUGUCUGCAGUAUUGGCCGGAGCCGGGGCUGCAGCAGUUUGGCCCCAUGACAGUGGAGCUCCUGUCCAGGACGGCUGAUGAUGAUGUCAUCAUUCGUCUCUUCCGGGUGCAGAACAUCACUCGGCUCCAGGAAGGCCAGCUGGUGGUGCGUCACUUCCAGUUCCUGCGCUGGUCCCCAUACCGCGACAUACCCGACUCCAAGAAAGCCUUCCUCAGUCUUUUGGCUCAGGUUCACAACUGGCAGAGGGAGUGUGGAGAAGGACGCACCAUCGUCCACUGUCUGAACGGUGGUGGCCGGAGUGGUACUUUCUGUGCCUGCACCAUGAUCCUGGAGAUGAUUCGUCACCACAGCGUGGUGGACGUCUUCUUCGCUGCCAAGACACUGCGCAACUCUAAGCCAAACAUGGUGGAGACGAUGGAGCAGUACCGGUUCUGCUAUGAGCUGGCCCAGGAAUACCUGGACUGCUUGGAAGCCAGAUAGCACCUGUCCCACCCUUCUGGUUCCUCCUCAUGGGUAAAGGAGUGAGUUCAGAUCCAACAUCCUGGAUUUCUACGUGUGGCUCCUUAGUCCAUGUAUUCAGCUCUGGUCAUUUUAAUUUGCCAUGCUUGGAUGAAGCGUUUGCCAUAAAGACUGAUUUAGAAUGCUCACUGGAUAAUCUGUAACAUGCCACUGACUUCCGACCUUUUUUUUAUUUCUUUAUUUUUCUGCUUUUCUUUGGCUCUCUGAUACAUCUUGUCCUCUUUUGUGCUGCUGUACAUCUGCCGAGCCAGAGGACACGAACAGUGCGGAGUGGAUUUUCUACAUGACCAUUGUCUAAGCUUAGAUGAUGGGAUACACAGAGCGCCGCUGUCUCCUGCCUUACAAUAAACAAACACUGAAAGGGAACUACACUUAACGCCAACCACUGGAUAAUGUUUUGUGUUUGUUUGUAACAUUGUUAAUGGUGCAAUCUGCUCUUAGUAAACAUCCCAUGUAGUAUUGUACUAUAUUUGAACUUUAUCGUUGGUGAAUCUGAUGAUGGAAGUUAGGGAAGGGAAGAAAAGUCACAUCUGAUGGACUUAUCUGUCAAGUACAGCUGUCCUGGACCUAUUUUCUCUUUAUUUAUUCUUCGUGUAUAUACGUAGGUGGUUUUUUGUUGUUUUUUUUCCCCUCCCCUCCAGAUGUUUCUAGAUGUAUUAACGUUUUAUCAGUGUGCCAAUCCGAUCUCUGUGUGUCUGUAAAUGGGGACCACUUCAGCAUCUGCAUGCCCAGUCUUAAGUGUUUGUUUUGUCUUAAGUCUGCUUCAGGAAGGAUCCUCCUGCUCGUCCUGAGAGACGUCCGUACGAAUAACCACUUGUUGCUGUGAAAAGACGGCCAAAACAUUGUUGCUUUCUAAAUUUGUAUUUAUUCAAUGUGUUUCAUUUUCUAAAUAGUGUAUAAAGCAGGAAAAAAGAAAUAAAAGAUCACGUUGUUGCUUAACAA